AUGCUCCUCAAGCUGGUCUCCCUGCUGCUGGCCGCCGAGCUGCACCUCGCUCUAGCCCAGCCGCCGGCACCUGCCGACGACGGAGCGCCGCCGGCCGCCGCCACCACCGCCCCGCCGCCGCCCCGGCCCCGGCCCCGGCUCCGGCUCGGCCCUCCCCCCGGGCCGCCCCGCCGCCCCCCGCCGCCCCGCGGGGCCAGCGGCGUCGUGCGGCGCCUCGACCCGACCUACGCGGGGGGCGGCAAGGCGGGCUACGUCCUCUACGCCGGGGGCCAGCGCUUCCUCCUCGACCUGGAGCGCGACGAGGCGGUGGGGGCGCGGGCGCCGCGGGCCGGCGGGCCGCCGCGCUGCUACUACCGCGGCACGGUGGACGGCAGCCCGCGCUCCCUGGCCGUCUUCAACCUCUGCGGCGGCCUCGACGGCUUCUUCGCCGUGGGCCGCUCCCGCUACACCGUCAGGCCGGCGCGGCGCGGCGGGGAGGCGGCCGGCCCGCGGAUCUACGGGGAGGGCCCGGCCCGCGCCCCGCACCUCUUCCGCAGGGACCGCUUCAGCUUCGAGACGGUGCCGGCCCGCACCAGCUGCGAGACCCGCGACCCGGCCGGAGCGGAGGCGGCGGCGGCGGGGGACGGCCGGCGGCGGCGGCGGCGUCGCUCCGUCUCCCGGGCCCGGCAGGUGGAGCUGCUGCUGGUGGCCGACGCUUCCAUGGUCCGCAAGUACGGGAAGGGGCUGCAGCACUACCUGCUCACCUUGGCCUCCAUCGCCUCCCGGCUCUACGCCCACGCCAGCCUGGAGAACCACGUCCGGCUGGCUGUGGUGAAGGUGGUGGCCCUGGGGGAGAAGGAGAAGGGGCUGGAGGUCAACAGGAACGCUGCCACCACCCUCAAGAACUUCUGCAAGUGGCAGCACCAGCACAACCGCCUCGACGACGACCACGACGAGCACUAUGACGCCGCCAUACUCUUCACCCGUGAGGAUUUAUGUGGGCAUCAUUCAUGUGAUACUCUGGGAAUGGCAGACGUUGGGACCAUAUGCUCUCCUGAGCGCAGCUGUGCAGUGAUUGAAGAUGACGGCCUCCAUGCAGCUUUUACAGUGGCUCACGAAAUUGGGCACUUGCUUGGACUUUCCCAUGAUGACUCCAAAUUUUGUGAGGAGAACUUUGGUUCCAUGGAAGAUAAGCGCCUGAUGUCCUCCAUUCUGACUAGCAUCGAUGCUUCAAAACCCUGGUCCAAAUGCACUUCAGCAACUAUAACAGAAUUUUUCGAUGAUGGUCAUGGUAACUGUUUGCUGGACCAACCGAGAAAGCAGAUCCUGGGCCCCGAGGAGCUUCCUGGACAAACCUAUGAUGCCAUUCGUCAGUGCAAACUGGCGUUUGGACCCGAAUACACAGUGUGUCCCGGUAUGGAUGUGUGCUCUCGCCUCUGGUGUGCAGUUGUGCGCCAAGGUCAGAUGGUUUGUCUGACUAAGAAACUGCCUGCUGUGGAGGGAACACCAUGUGGAAAAGGGAGGAUCUGCCUCCAGGGAAAAUGUGUUGACAAAACCAAGAAGAAAUACUACUCAGCUUCAAGCCAUGGUAACUGGGGGUCCUGGGGACCUUGGGGACAGUGCUCCCGUACCUGUGGCGGAGGAGUUCAGUUUGCUUAUCGUCACUGCAAUAAUCCAGCUCCUAGAAACAACGGCCGGUACUGCACUGGCAAGAGGGCCAUCUACCGCUCCUGCAACGUCGGACCCUGCCCAGCAAAUGCUAAAUCUUUUCGACAAGAGCAGUGUGAAGCAAGGAAUGGCUAUCAGUCUGAUGCAAAGGGUGUCAAGACAUUUGUUGAAUGGGUCCCCAAGUAUGCUGGAGUACUUCCCGGAGAUGUUUGCAAGCUCACCUGCCGAGCCAAAGGAACUGGCUAUUAUGUGGUAUUUUCUCAGAAGGUAUCUGAUGGUACUGAAUGUCGACCGUACAGUAAUUCAGUCUGCGUCCGGGGAAAAUGCAUCCGAACUGGUUGCGAUGGCAUCAUCGGUUCAAAGCUCCAGUAUGACAAAUGCGGAGUGUGUGGAGGAGACAAUUCCAGCUGCACAAAAGUCAUGGGAACCUUUACCAAAAAGAGCAAGGGCUACACAGAUGUAGUGAAAAUCCCGGAAGGGGCGACCCACAUCAAAGUUCGGCAGUUCAAGACUAAGGACCAGAGCAGGUUCACUGCCUACCUGGCCCUGAAAAAGAAAAACGGUGAGUACCUUGUCAAUGGGAAAUAUAUGAUCUCCACUUCGGAAACAAUCAUUGACAUCAACGGGACUGUCAUGAACUACAGCGGCUGGAGUCACAAAGAUGAUUUCUUGCACGCAAUGGGACACUCUGCCACAAAAGAGGUUCUUAUUGUGCAGAUACUUGCGACUGAUCCAACUCAACCAGUGGAUGUCCGCUAUAGUUUCUUCGUGCCAAAGAAGCAAGGGCAAAUGACUAACUCUGUCACCAGCAGUGGCAGCAGCGGCAGCAGCAAAGUAACUCCACAGCUCAUGCAACCCCGCUGGGUUACGGGGCCGUGGCUUUCUUGUUCUCGAACAUGCGACACAGGGUGGCACACCAGGACUGUCCAGUGCAAAGACGGGCAUGGAAAAUUAGCUAAGGGAUGUCUUCUCUCUCAGAGACCAUCAGCAUUUAAACAGUGCUUGUUGAAAAAGUGUUAA